UCUGAAGUAGUGGCAGGCGGAGUAGGAGGAGCCUCGUAGUUCACAUGCUUUAAGUUUAUAAACUUGCGUGAACAACGAUGACAGUAAUAUUUCGAACCGCAGAAAAAGGGAGUGAAGUUGCUGUGUGCUCCCUCUUUCUACAUACAGCACAUCUGUGGAUUAUUAAACUACAGACUGGAUAAAAGCAAUAACGUGGAUGAUUUGGCGGCUAAGGAAAUUUUAUGCAAGCUGAAUCUCUUCAGUCAUUCUGUCUUUCGAAGUCUAUUUUAAAACUGUGGCUUUGAAGACAUUCGAAUUUCGAACCUUAUGUGCAUACGAUUCAAGAACUUUGUCUGCAUCACCUUAAUGACUGGUGAUAUGGAAGACCACAGAAACUGGUCUGGACAGUAGAAUGGUUGCCCAUAGUGAAGUGGGAAAUGCAUCAGCAACAGAUAACAGAGCCAGAAUUGAACUUGCACCUGACACCUUGCCUCACCAGCACAGGCAGCUACGAAAGGCAGCCCCCAGCACAGAGAUCCAGACACGCUUCAGGCCCUUCAGAAACCAGAAGGACUUCCAAAUCAUCACAAAGACUACCUCUAUGCUGGAGACGUGUGGUUUCUACUGGGGUCCUAUGACAGUAGAGGAGGCACACUCCAUUCUGAAGGAGGAGCCUUUGGGAACAUUUCUGAUCCGUGACAGUAGACAAAAAGACAUCUUUUUCACACUCAGCUACAGGGAUGUGAAUGGGCCCAUUAGCGUGCGGAUCGAUUUCCAGAACUCUCGUUUCAGCCUGGUUGGCAGCAAUGAAUCCUUCGAUUCUCUGUUCAAACUGUUGGAACAUUACAUUGCUUCUCCCAAGAAGAAUUUUGUUCGACCUUAUAGGAAAGUGAAAGUGCAAUCUUUACAAGAGCUGUGCCGAAAAAGGAUUAUUGAAACAUGUGCUGGAGAGAAAAUAGACAGUCUCCCAGUAACUUCUAUCAUGAAAGACUUCUUAAAUGCCUUUCCUUAUCGGAUAUGAAAAGUCUAAAUGCAUUAAAUCCCUUCCUUGAUUUGUGGGAGAUACUUGACGGUUUAUGCAUUGCUGGUUUACCGUGUUUUUAUAAACCUAUUCAUUUUUGUAGCAAACUAAUGUAUUUUGAAAUAAGAUGUGAACACACUAUAUUUAGUAUUUACACCACACAUAAAUGUUUACACUAUGCAGGAGUAUGUUAUAUCCUGUUGUCAUUUAUCUGCUAUGCAGACAUUCAUUUCAUUUUAAAUAGUAUGUUGAAAAUAAAUUUUGUUUUGAAAAUUGAAAA